UGAUUCCAACUUUCCUCUAUCUCUACAGCAAUCAUCAGCCUUGUUUCACGGCGGCCUGCUAUCGAGCCAGAUUUAACGAACGACGGGUCUCUCGAUGGACUGUCACUUGUCGUGAUCACCUUCAUUCAUUGUCCCUUUGCAAAGCCUCGGCUCGUAAGCCGCGACAUCGUGCAUGAUGUCAAUACUUCAGCCAGAGGCCGGUAUUUUUUACGGGGUGUGCUGGUUCCUAGUGAUUGUACGAUUAGUAUCACGACGCCUCCAUCGUGGAGCAUGGAAACGUCUGCAGUGGGAUGAUUACCUGAUCGUCUGCGCCAUGCUGACUGACACCGUCCUGCUCGUUUGCACGUCCAAAGUGGUUACCACAUCAUCCAACCUCAUUCCACCUGAUGAGGAUGUUUCGCAAUACUCUCAAGCCGAGAUUGACUCUCGCAUCUCCGGAUCCAAGUAUGUCCUGGUAGUAGAGCAGAUGCAAAUCGCCACUAUCUGGCUGGUGAAAGCAUGUCUACUCAUCAUGUACUUCCGUAUGACCGCCGUACUACCGCAACGCAAGUUGGUCAUUGCCACAUCGAUAUACGUCGCCGUUACAUUUAUCGUCAUGGAGAUUCUUUACUUUGGCGUGUGGUGCCGUCCGUUCAGCCAGUACUUCGCCGUACCAACGAUCUCGACGCAAUGUUCUGCGGCAACAAAUCAUCUGAUUACCAACGCUGUCUUCAACAUCAGUUCGGAUAUCAUCAUUCUUAGCAUACCGAUGCCACUUCUGUUCAGAGUCCGCUUACCGAAGAAGAACAAGCUGAUUUUGAUCGGCAUAUUCCUAAUUGGACUUUUUACAGUUGUUGCGGCUGUACUGAACAAGUACUACUCAUUCUCGAACCCGUUUGGAAGAGACUGGGUUCUGUGGUACCUCCGAGAGUCGUACACCGCUCUUUUAUGCGCAAACCUGCCUCUCACAUACCCCCUUAUCCAACGGGUCUUCAAGUUGCGCAACUGGAACUCCUACUCAGACGAGUCCCACUCGAUACGAGCAUCAAAUACCCGAGGAACAAACACCUUUAGUACCGCAAGAAGUCAUAGCCAUUGGGUGAGUCAAAGCAAACGUUCUAAGUCAAAGUACUUCCGCGAUGAUCUUCGGAGCGCCGAAAGCCAGGAAGACAUCAACGACCCGUUCCGAAAUCCAACUGCAGAUGACGGGCCACAAUUCAUCACCAGUGCGAUCGAAAUGGAUGGAGUGAAAUCGUACGAGAAGUCGUUGACAGACUUGAGUAUAGACACUCCGACGAGUUGGCGGACAGAGCAAGACCGCAAGAAAGACUUCAACUACAACGCCCCGACAUGAGUUUAAAGCCCGAAGCAAUACAUUUUCGAGUCGUAUUCCGCAGCCCAUUUGCAGCAUUUUCCAGAGCGACAGAAGAACAAAGCUGAACUCCCAAUGCAGUUUCCCCGCGCGAUCAUUAGCCACCAACGCCUCAGGAUAUCGCCCGAACAAACACAGCCAAUCUCGUGAUAUCGCUCUCGAAAAUAGUAUGCCAAUGUUCCCAAAUGCACCAAACGGACAUUGUGAUGAGUUUCCUGUGGACAUCGAGCUUGUCGAUAC